CUGUUCGGACGUAAAACUAAUCGAUUCUUGUAUUAAAGUUUUAAACUAACUUUUGUUUACAAGCCUGCCAUACGUGACAUGGACAGCAGUACGGACGACUCGAGUGCUUAUGUUCCAGGUGUGUCACUGAACCGACCUGGCAACCUUCGACCUGCGAAUACGUUUAAAAUGCGAGGACGAAGGACUCCCGAGGUUAAGCCGAAAAUUCCGUUAGUACGUCCCAUGGAGGAUCUACCGACGGGGAUUCCACAAGACGAGAUUCAGCAGCAUCAAGUUGAUGUCAGCCAUCCACAUCGAAACCACACCAGAAAAUUAUCCUUCAAAGAUUUACGACCGGAAGACAAACAGAGAGUGGCCAAUUUGAUCAAAGAGCUAGCUAAGACAGGGGAGGAGAAAGAGAAGGUUAUGAGUCAGCUGCAGGACGAACGUGAGAGGUAUGAGAAACAGAUCGUACAGCUGGUGGAACAACAAGAAGAAAUCCUCCAGGAAAGAGAAGAAAUACAGAAGCGAUUCUUCGACAGCCAGAGACUGCUGAACAAAUAUCAGGAGGAGUUGUUACAAGAACAAGAAAGACAGAAGUCGUCCGUCAGGAAAACCGUCAUGUGUUCUACCUGGAAUACGAAACCCACUGACCUGGAUAAUUGUGUGCUUGUUGUGGAUCGUGCUCGCAGCGUGGAAACACCAGGCGAUUUCGAACCACGGUCGUCUGGUGACGUUGUGGUGAGGACGGCACACACAGGGGAGGAAUUACACAACGGGAACAUGGAGGAUCUCAAUGCUCACUUUCCUCCAGCCAAUCACGAUCGACCUUAUACCGCUCAAAUCGACAGAGAGAUCGCCCAACAGAAUUACGUUGCGAACGGACUGGCCGGGACUUGUGAUCUCAUACAGGUCCAGCCACUCGUGGCGUACAAACCGCAGCGGACACCGCGCUACCCGAAGAACCCUGUGAGGUCGCGACCUUUCCACGAGCCCAUCAUGUCGAGCACGCAGAAGAGUUCGGUGAUGGAGGAGGUGUCGCUGACCUCCAUCCACACGGCCCACUCGGAGUUCCGCUCAGAGUUCCACUCGCUGCCGAGAGAUGACAGCCCCGGCUCACUGCACAGCGAGCGUGACAGUCAGGGAGACGAGAGAAACCACGAGACGAGGGGCGGCGGCAAGGUUCGGGUCGGGUUCUUGGAGCGGGCGGAUGAUCGGUGCGGUGACGGUGGCCAUGUCGGGAAGUUACAUUCGCCAGACGAGAACCGCAGCAUGAACAAUGACCAGGAAUUUAUCAGGUAUUACAAGAAGCUGACCCCGGAGGAACGCAGACAGAAACUACUACAGCAGAAGAGAGCGCUACUAGAAGAACAGCAGCGACUCAAGCAGAUCCUCAUCCACCAGGAGAAACAACUCUGUGAGAAGCAGGAAAUCCUCAAGUGGCGCCACCUCGAGAGAAAAAAGGGGCUGGAGCGACAGUUGGCCAGUUCCGACAAAGACGACAAAAUAGCGAGAUUGUUACUAGAGAGACAGCUUGUGGGUUCCGAAGGCACAAACUCGAGGUUACCGAAACCGCAGUUUGUAAACCACGCUGGCACAAACUCAAGGUUACCAGAACCGCGGUUUGUAAACCACGAUGGCGAAGGUUCGCGGUUAUUGGAACGACAGCUUGCGAACGUUCACCGAGCCAGUAAAACAUCGCGGUUACUGGACGAUCAGUGUGGUCAUUCUCACGCGGAUGAUAAAGUGUCGAGGUUUGUGGAGAGGUCACCACGAGGUCGUUACGCCGAUGUAGACGAUGAUGAGAGGGUGGAUUUGAACAAAGCAACGUACAUCAUAGAUUCCGACGAUGAUGAUGACAAUUCAAGAGCAGAUAACCUCGUAAAGAGACUCGAUUACUCAGGGAUGUCUGAUGCAUCUCACAAUGCCAGAGAACGUCUUGGUGUCAGAAGUAGAAUCUCGGCCGCCACGUCUCCCAUUUCAAUGACCCGAAUCAGCGUGGGAACGUCACCAUUACGACAAGAUGGAUCGGGUGUGGCCUCGUGCCCGCCAUUAGAACGAGUCGAUGCCGGGACCAGCGUGUCAUACAGACACAUCUCCAGAACUCCACCCAGACCGAGUCCGAGACAGGGUAAUCUCCCCUUACACAUUGACCGACAGGACUCUGGUUCUCCUGAAUUAAUGGCAAACUCUCCAGUGGAAAACGGAUUGUCGAUUCUUGAGAUUGUUGACUCUAUUCAAGAUGGCCGACUUUCUCACAACGUGAGCCUCGAGAGACCAGAACAGAUCACUGAGGAACGAAUUCACACUUCCAGGGAGCAGUCGUUUAGGGAGCACUCUUUCAGGGAGCAGUCGUUACAUGAAGACGUUGAUGAGGAAGAAAAUCUUGAAGAAAGUCGAAUUUUAGAAGAAAUCUUUUUUCUUAAGUAACAAAACAGCACUGUGAUAAUGACCACUCUGGUAGUGAACAUUAAAGGGACAGAUCCUAGUUUUUAAACACUACAGCAUAUUGUUCACUAUUACAGCCGUUUAUUAUCACUGAACUAAAACAUUACUGGUAUUUUAUUCUUUAGAUUAUCCAUUUCGGUACAGCUGAAGUGUUUCUGGUCAUCCUGGUGUUUCUAAUACCACAAAAUGCAUGUUUUAUAAUUUUAAAAACGCACAUUCCUCUGAGAAGUAAUGG